AUGUCAGUAAUGCUUAGUAAUUUGUCACUCAAUAGGACAAGCUUCUUCACUGAAAAUCAUAGCAUUAUGGACAAGCCUAGCGAGCAGAGAACUUUGAAUGUCUUUCUAUUCUGCUUGACUUUUAUCAUUGCCUUCACAGCACUUCUGGGCAGCAUUUAUUCACUAGUUUCCCUGCUGCAAAUGCAAACCAGAACCACAGUUUCAAUGAUUGUGACCUCUUUGUCAAUAGAUGAUUUGAUUAGCAUUGUGCCAGUGAUUAUUUUCAUGCUCACCCAGUGGUCAAGCGAUGUCCUCCCCCAGCCUCUGUGCACCACAUCAGCACUUAUAUAUUUAUUCCAGGGCAUUUCCAGCAACCUGAAAGGGUCUCUUAUAGUUUCUUACAACUUCUACACCCUCAACAAAACUGAGACAACGAGCUGCAGCACUUCCAAACGACGAGUGAGCGUGGUAUGGGCCAUCCUCACCAUUUGGAUUGUCAGUUUGCUGCUCUGCAUUUUGCCCCUCUGUGGUUGGGGCAAGUACAUCCCCACCUCCUGGGGCUGCUUCACCGACUGUGCCAGUUCCUACAUCUUGUUUUUAUUUAUCGUCUACUCACUGUGCUUUUGCCUUCUCAUGGUGCUGUCUGUCCCUCUAACUUACCAGCUGCUGUGCUCAGAUGGGCAACAGAUACUACACACUGAUUACCAGGAGAUCUCCCAAGGUUACAUCACCCCUGGGACACCUGCGGGCUGCAGCACUGCCACCCCAUCCCUGUCACCAGUAGAGCCCGUGGAUAAAACCCUGAAGAAUUUCCAAAAUGUGUGUCCAAGCUUGGAGGUGGUUUUUAGGAAGGGUGUGGCUGAAAGCAGUGCCCUCGAGCCCCGUUGUGUGAACAGCAUACAGAGCAGGAGCUGCACGGUUGGCUUUGCCCAGAAGCGGUUCUCACUGAUUCUCGCAUUGACAAAAGUCAUUCUCUGGCUUCCCAUGAUGAUACAAAUGGUUGUCCAGCACAUCACUGGUUUUCAAAGCCUUUCAUUUGAGACACUCAGCUUCCUGCUGCCUCUGCUGGCUGCCACAGUCACCCCGGUGUUUGUCCUGUCUGAACACUGGAUCUACUUGCCCUGUGGCUGUAUCAUUAAUUGCAGGAGGGAUUCGUAUGCAGUGCCUUCAGAAGAACUCAAAACCAAAAGUAGGAGCUUCAAAUUCAACCUGUCAUUCCAGCAAGGUUAUGGAAUCUACAGAAUCUCCCAUGAAAACCGCCACCACCAUGAUGACGAUGGUGAACCCACGUCCUGUCACAACUUGAUGAGCUACGCCUGCCACAACUCCAAAGAAUCCAGACGUGGGAGCGGCGAUGCCCCCAGCUCCGGGACGGCAUCGUUCAGCACCACGGCCCCGGCGGACAGCUCCCGGGGCGCGUCGGUGGGGGCCUGUGCCGGGCAGGACCCGGGGCCAGGGGGGAGCAACGGCCACCCCCUUCCCGACAAACCGGGAGCCCUUCAGAGAGAGGAGGGCAGAAAUUUUGAGAAGGCGACUUUUUCUGAAGGCUCAGAAAGGCGGUUGUCCCAUGAGGAAAGCCAUAAACCUGAACUCACAGACUGGGAGUGGUGCAGGAGUAAAUCAGAGAGGACCCCUCGCCAG